UGGGACGUACGCAGAGCUCGCGCACAAACGUCGGUAUCCAGUGUUGGUGUUUUAGGUCAGGAGACUAAAAACGCAUCAGAGGUUAGGGAGCUCCGUUAUGGCGACACACGACCCCGAUGCAUUAAGAUGGACACAUCGAACGGUGGAGAGUGUGCGUCAAGGUGGAUAACGUAGAAUCGGGUACGGGAAAAAAAUUCUUCAGUUGUGGACGCGUCUUUAUUCCUUGGGAUUACCUGGGAGAUUAACACAGACACGGGUUUUCGAUAUAUAUUCCAAUCGAGAAACGUCCUGAAGAAGGAAUGACACGAUAUGGCUAAAUGUUUGCUUAAGGCAAUGAAAUAAUUUGGAGGCGGUGCGUAUUCCAUCAUCUCCCCACAAUUUCCCAUGGCGCCUAUUGGAUCAGAUCUUACAGAGCUGCUGCAAAUGGUAAAAGGCCAGAGGCUAUAAAGCAGUUCGAUCUUUCGGUUUAUUUUGCGAUGUCAGCUUUCGGCCUCAAUCCACACACCAUUUCGUCCGUUGCGGCCGAGAUUUCAGCACAAGCUGAGUUGGACAGCGCCUGCGCGGAUUGCGACUCGCAAAAUCCUCCAGCCUCACGAGGAACCUUCACUCAUCCGCCCCCACUAACUCAUCUGCAUCAAUCACUUCUUAACGCCGGGUCCGGAGGCCUUGGCACGGUCCUGGAAGAAGAACUGACCAUGCUUACACGGGAACGGGAAGAAGAACUGGUCAUAAACGAGCAGGACGCAGAUCUUUUAGCGCUCUUCCGACAAAAAGAGAAGGACUUGGUUUUGGCUGCAAAACUCGGGAAAGCGCUGCUCGAGAGAAACCAAGACCUCACGAAGCAAUAUGAAAAAAUGACCAAGGAUCUGAAUGAGAAACUAGAAAAUCUGGAGCAGGAAAAGCAUGAGUUGCGGCAGCGCUUGGAGAGACGAGAAGGUGAGUGGGAGGGUCGAGUGGCUGAGCUGGAGACUGAUGUGCAGCAGCUUAAGGGUGAGCUGGAGAAGCACAAGAUACAGCUACGUGAAGCUGAUCGGGACAAGACCCGCACCAUUACCGAACUCUCUGAACAAAAUCACAGUCUGCUCGAGCGGCUCAGAAGAGCUGCUGAUGUGGAGAGACAGCUGUGCACCCAGGUCCAUUCAUUGAGAGAUGAUUUCAGAGAGAAGAACAUCUCAAAAAACCAUCACAUGACACAAUUAGAAAGCCUACAAGCAGAGCAAGAGCUAGAAAUAAAAAUUCUGUCUAAGCAUAAGCAGGACCUUGAGCGAUGUUUAACCACAUUGCAUGAGGAGAAUGAGCAGCUGCAGAGCACUGUGGACAACUUAAAAGAGCGGACACUUGUGUUGGAAAAACUAUGCCAUGAGAAGGAUUUACAGCUGCGGCAGAAUCAUUUGGAGCUGCAGGAGGUGCGUUUGUCUCAUCGGCAGUUAAGCGUUCGUUUGGCAGAGAUGACCGAGGAGAGAAGUCUUCAGGGCUUCAGCUCAAAUAGUCGCUCGCUACUCUGUGAGAUAGAGCAGAGCAUGGAGCAGGAGGAGCUCGAGCAGGAGAGGGAGCAGUUGCGUCUGCAGCUAUGGGAGGCUUAUUGCCAGAUUCGCUCUAUCUGCUCCCAGCUCAGAGGAAAUGACAUCACAGACUCUGCCCUGUCCACGGAUUCAUCCAUGGAUGAGUCAUCAGAAACCUCAUCAGCUAAAGACGUGCCUAUGGGCAGCCUGCAGUCCAGUCUACUCGAGCUGCGCAGACUCACACAAAACCUGCUGGAUGCCAAUGAGUCUACAGGAUCACACCGCAGUGAUGAGGAUGUGUUGGAAGAGCAGGUGCGGAAACUGAGUGAGGAACUGCACAAAGUGCAAGAACUUUACAAACAGGAACAGGAAAGGGUACGGAGCACUCAGGAAGACAUGCUGCAACUCCAUAAUCAGAUUGCACUUCUUUCCUUAGAAGUGUGCUCAUCAAGGGAAGAAAAUGAGAGACUCAGAGCAUCAGAGGUUCAAGAGCCAAGCGAACAACUUCAAAAUGCCAUCCGAGACAGAGAUGAUGCCAUUGUCAAAAAGAAAGCAGUGGAGAUGGAGUUGGCGAAGUGUAAGGUAGACAUUAUGUCUCUGAACAGCCAGCUUCUUGAUGCUAUCCAGCAGAAGUUUAAUCUGUCCCAGCAGUUAGAAGCAUGGCAGGAUGAUGUGCUCAGAUUGUUAGAUCAACAGUUGAUGGAUAAGCAUCAGGGAGAAUGGAGGGACUCCCGAAACACUUUCUCUGGGGCUAAGGCUAGUACCUAUGGCUCCUCUGGAGCCACUUCCAGGCAAGCAUCCAGCCUCUCCAAUUGUGACAAGCGCCUUUUCUCAUUUUUUAAAAAGAACUGAAACUGUUUAGGUGAAAAGAGGGAGAAAGAUGGAGAGAGAUGCUAAAAAUGAAAAGGAAAAGCAAUGGCGUACAAUUAUUGACCCAGCCAAAGACUAAGACAGUACAGUUAACAACAAACCAACAAAAUCUUGUUUUCAAAUCCUGGAGCUAUUUUUGCACUUUACCUGUCCAUAGCACGCUCCUUCAGAUAAUUCUACAUCAAGCACAAGGGAUCAUUAGAAAUUCAAGAAACGCAUUUAGAGAAAAUGUCCUUGGAUAUGUUACAGUUUCAGGGUGAAAUAUGCAGGAUUACCACAUUUAAAUCAUUCUGAGGCCAACUUAUCCUACAUGUGCCUCAGAUAUUCUCUUCACCCCACUGCCAAAAGGUUUAAAUGAAAAUAUCAGAUUUAGCUCUGUCAUACUGAAGGUUUCUUUUGGCCUCUAUCUCAGGAUGAGCUAAACUCUGCAGGGUUCUCAUUGAUUUGAAGUCAGGCUGCAGGUUUUAGUUUGUGAAUUAGAUUCAAUCACUGCUGCAUUUAUAAAGGUACUUCAGAGGACUCUUAUUUAGUCAGCUCUUCAUCAAAAUCAUGUGAUUCAAGAAGUGAGCCAUUUCUUGAUUAAAAUGGAAACAUUUGAACAAGAAUCAGUUCACAGCUCAAAGGAAACCCACCAAUCAGCUAUAACAUUAAAACCAAUGACUUCUGAAUUGAACAUUGAUUGUCUUGAUAUCACAGCACCUAUUAUCAAUACUAUUCUGUAUUGAGGGGUGGGAUAUAUGGCACAGUAAACUGUCAGUUCUCAAUGUUGAUGUGUUGAAAGCAGGAGAAAUGGGCCAGCUUUAAGACACAAGUAGUGAAGGGUAGUGAACAAUUCAACAAAUCUCCUUUUACUGCAGCCACAGCUGCACCACAUGCAUCAUCUCUAGUAGAAGCAUUGAUAUUAACCUCAUAAAAUAACCCUGGGUUUUUCCUGCAUUUUUCUGAGCACUGAGGUUUAUGAAAAUGUUCAACAAUUGUUUUAAACUGUUUUGGCCGACCUUUUCUAAUAAAUAAAUUCAAAUCCCAGCACCACAAAGCUGCCACUGCUGGGCCUUUGAGCAAGUCCUUUAACCCUUAACCACUCAGUUUAUAAAUGCAAUAAAUGUAAAUGUAAACAGCAUAGGGGCAGACUGGUCAGAAAGCCAACUGUACACCGCAGUACACCACCCUUAGCACUGUGAAUGGCAUAUGCAUAAUACCUGGGGAAAAGCUGGCACCAGGAUGCACUAUAGAAAGAAGGUGGGUUGAUAGGCAGUAUAAUACUCUGGGCAGUGUUAUGUUUGGAAGCCUUGGGUCCUUGGUUCCUGGCAUUUAAUCUGAUUGAGUAUCAAUAGGGCAUGUUAAACCAAGUCCAAUUCAUGGAGGCCCCACUGUGAAACAUACAGUAGAGAAUUUAAAGGAUUUGUUCCUAAUGCCUUGGUCCCUGGUAACACCAAGUGCUACCACACCAUGUUCAGAGGUCUUGUUGACUAUGCUUUAAGGGGUCAGGGCUGUUUUGGCAACACAAAGGGGAAGUUAUAUAAUAAUAAUGUUAUGGCUGAUUGGUGUAAUGUGUUGACCCAACUUUAUUACUUUGCACCACUAACUGAUAACAUUACAAACUGGUUGACAAAAAUGUUAAAUAUUUUUAACAAUUGUCUUCACAUGUGUAAGAUCUCAUACUAGAUAUGUGUUGCAGGUAAUCAUAAAACAUUUUACUACCCCUGAACUUGAAUGUGUGCAUGGCACACACAAUAGAACAGAUUUUAGAUGUGUUAUGAGCUUGCAAUGGAUAGUGGAAGUUACACAAAUUUGAGUUGUCACUUCUCCAUGGGCAUGGGAAAGGCCAUGUGGAGGUGAGGAAAGGCUUUUUUGGUGAAUUUUGCCAUUUAGAGCCCAUUUUGAGUUAAGCUAUGCAGAUGUCUUCUCUUUUUCAAUUAAGUACAGAAAUAACCGAAGGUUUAAAGAAACCCAAAGAAUGAUAUUUUAUAAUAUGUUGGAAAUCUAAGGAAAUAAAAUGGAAGAGAUAUAUUUGUAACUGUAAAGUUUUGAAUGAUAACAGUAUUUUAUAGAGCAAUUUACAUUUCUGUUUGUUUGUGAGCAUGUAGAAGUUUGUGAGCUGUUUGUGAGUAAAUGUUGACGCGCUGCAGAGAAUUUCCAUGUCAUGGCAUGGAGUGGUGUCUUUACUUUACUGUCUGCAUUCAAGUACUAUCCCUUUCAUGGUGAGAGGGAAAUGGGAAAUGAAAGGAUGUUUUCAUACAGUAUUUUUUUUUUUUUUUAAGUCAACUUUAGUUUGUUUUUAGAAGCCCCAGGAUGGGUCAACUUGAUCAGAACCCUUUGUAAUAUGAUUACAUUUAAAAAUAAAUGGGGUGGUAAAUAUGUUUAUAAACAAACAAAUUCAUAGGUUUUCCACAAAAAUACAACUUGGUCUAAAACACAAACAGAACUGGUAAAGUCUGCAAAAACAGUUACUAAUGACAUCGUAGUCAAGUUGUAAGAAAAUAGCACAAUAAUGUUGCUAUCUAUCAGCUUGACCACCUCUGACUGUGGUUUUGCAGAACAGGCUGGAUUUUUCAGCAGACUUAGCAUGCAAAUGUGCAGUUUACAAAUUGCCAAGGAAAUCACUGCCAGUGGCAGAAGCUUUCCAACUUAUACCUCUUACACUCACACUUCUCCUUAAGCUGCAAGUCAUCACAUUUUUGAUGACAUUGAGUAGGGUAUAUACAGUAGGAUAUAUACAGCCACUCAGAUACUAUCAUACUCUAAACAAAUAUGUUACAUUCUUAUCAAUUGAAAAGUAGCUAAUAGCAUUUCAUUGAGACAAUUGUGAAUGGCGGAUGCUGUUUGUUUGCUAUCCAGAAAUGUUUUAUAUGGUAUAAUGUGAUAUAUUUUCAGUUGGAAUAUGAAUAGCUGCUAGGCCGAAUCCCAAAUGGCUACCUACAUAAACACAAGUGUCCAAGUACUGGCUUUUUACACACAAUGCAACCCAUUAUGUCCAAUCAGGACACAAUUGUGAUUGAUCAAUAAUUUUAAGCUUCCAAAGUUGUAAAACGGAUAGUAGUGUGAAUGCCUCCAUAUUCAUGUUUUAAUUUGUUAUUUACUUUACUUUAGUGUUGUGUAAAAGUCAAACAUUUGACUCUCUUAUUUUGCCAUUUAAAUUGUUUUUAAAAAAGUCUGCUGUUGAAUUCUUUUUCAUAAUUUUGUGUAUGUCAAAAGCUUUUCUCACAUACCAAAUAUUCAAACCUAAAUCAUUUAAACAAGUAAAUUGUUUAAAGUUACGUGCGUGCAUUUUGUUUCUUUUUGUAUAGUCAGUUUUGUAUGACUACAAUCACGGAAAACAAAAACUAGCCUACAAUGUUAUACAACAGAAUGAAAACAGGUCUAAAGAGAACAUAUUCUAACUCAAAAGAGUAUGACUUUAAUAAUCAGAAACAUUUUGGUGAAAAUGUCAUAUGGUAUGGCGUGACAAUGAGUCACUUGCAGCACACCUUACAUAGCCACAUGGCCUUUUACAGAGCAGUCUAUUGCAAAUAUGAGAUCUAAACUGAAUAACAAUUUAAGAAAUACAAAACUCGCAAAAACACAUUCACGUAUCAAAUUAAAGAGAACAAUAAAUCAUUUGAAUUCUAUGACAGUCUAUAUGUAAUAAAACACAAAAUUCAACUGAAUGCAAAAAAAAUGUAUUAAAAUGCAAAACAAUUACUGAAGAUCAUGACGAUUAUGUGCUGUGAUGUUUGGACACUGCCUGGCCAAAAAAUGUCACUGUUUGGAUUUAAAUAAAUAUAUGCUUAAGAACCCUUAAUAGCAUAGAAUUUCUAUAUGAAGACAUAUUUCUGGUUGUGAAAAAUAUUUUACAUUCUGAAUUUACUGGCAUGCAUCAAGCAAAGAAUACAAUGGAAAAAGACAGCUGAAAUCACUGUAGUUGAGUUAGAAAUGUCCAACACAUUAUGAAAACUUGGAAGGAUUUUCGAUGAACUGUCAACUUUGUAAAAGAAAAUGGUCAUAAAAGUCUUUAAUUAUUGUGGGAACAUUUCCUAUUGCAUGAAAAUGUCACAAACAUUUUGAAAGAACUCUCUGCUAAAUUACAGGAUUGGGACUAAACAGCUAAGCAGCCACAAGAGAGCGACUUGUUAACGAGGAUAACUUGUCAUGUGGUCAAUUUAUCCUAAUCCAAAGUACAAGAAUCAGUGCACCUGUCAUAUAGAGUGCCAACUGUACAAGCGCCUAGAGGCAGUGUUGCUAUUGGAGGUUGCUUUAAUUAGUCAGGUAUAAGUUCAGUAAUCUAAAGGCGAAACAAUGGUCGACCAAAUGCCUGAAUGCGCUGAGUGGCCAGGUUACAUCCUUACAUGAAACAAUAUUCCAAGACAAUGGCAAGAUUCAUCAAAUUUGUGAAAGUGUAGCUUAAAGUCCUGACUAAAGCCUAUCAAAAGUCUUUUGAAUGUGCUUGAAAAGGUAUGUGUAUAUUUUGUGACAUAGAUACCUUUAUGAAAGUAUUAAAAUGGCAAGGGUUUUAUGUUUUUGCUACAUACUGAAGACAUUUGGGUUUGAGAUCAAAAGAUGAAUUAAAUUAAAGUUUUAACAUUCAUUUUCUAAUUUUCUAGAUUACUGUAUUGUUAGUUGGGGUUUAAUGAAGUUAUUGUAAGUAAGGGAUAUGCAAACAUAUUAAGUAUAUUAUCAUUUACUAUUUAUUAUUUAUAUUAUUAUUAUUUUAAGACAAUGUUCCUGUGCCUUAAAAUUGAGUGGUCUGACUUCAAAGACAACCAAAGAUGAUUUUCUAAGUUGUUUAACUAAAUACAUCAGGAAAUGAAAGCUAAAAUUUAACAUAUAUGUUAUUUGUUAAUUUUGCUAAUAUACAAUAUUUGUACAAUAUACAAAUUUGUUAAUAUAUUAUAUGUUUGAUCUAAAACUCAAAUACCUUUAAUAUAUAGCAAUAAAAAAACCCUUGCCAUUUUAAUACGUUCUGGCAACUUUCAGGCAUUUUCAGAUGUUUUUAUAUAAUCUAUAAAUUCCUUAUUUUUCAUGCCAGAUAAUGAUAUUAAACAUCAUACAAUUUACACAAAACAGACUUCCAUAGUAUAAAAAGCAUCCAGUAAAUGUGUCAUCAUAUGGAGUUCACUGUGAUACAGAGGUGGAAAGUAAUGAAUCACAUCAACUCGUUUUCCUAUGCUGUAUUUUUUUGUGUGUACUUCUACUUUUUUUAUUUUUGUUUUUGAAAUCUGCAAUUUUAUUUUUACUUCAGUAUGUUUUGUUUGAAAAAUUGUACUUCACUACAUUUUAAAUCAUAUCCAUUACUGAAUAAUAUGUAAAUAAAAAUGAUGCAAGGGGGAAAAAUCAUGCCUGGGUGUUCCUUAAAUUAAAAACAUGUUUUAGAUUGAUAUCCGCUUAUCUUUUUAAAACAACAAUAGAAUCCCCCAAGAAUAACUCAGUAAAAUGUGAGCUACUUUACUGUGUUUAAGUAGAUUUUCAGACCUGUAACUUUAUUUAAGUAAAAUUUCUUUCACAUAACAGUUCUUUUACUUCAGUAGAAUAUUUUAAUACUUUCCACCUUUGCUGUGAUAUAAUAAAAUGUAAGAACAUUUUAAAGUAUCAUACAUAAAGAUUGUUGAAAAUAAAGAAAUAACAUUCAAGGCAAUAGAUAAUCCACUAAAAAUAUUUAUUGUCAUUUUAAUUCAUAAGGGGAAGAGAUGUUGGAUAUUGUCAUUACUCAAGUGUGUGCAGCAAGAAAUACACCUAAAAGGGUUUGCCAGACACUCACAUGGCUUUGUGCAAAUAUGGACCUCAUAUAGAAUAAAUCUGAUCCAUAAAACACAUUAAACUAUUAAAUAUGUACAUACAUGUAAUGGCUAAAAAGUCAGACAUGUUGCCAUGAUACCAUUACUUGGUUUAUUGGGGCUAUUUAUGGCCCACUGCAAGCCAACCUGCCGUUAUUACAGUUAGGAGUCUGUGUAUUCAGAUCUAAUUACAGUGGAUUAUUGGACUGUAGCUGUAAAGUAAGAGGCAUUUAGUUCCGUUUGUAUGCGAUUUAAAGACUUCUGUUGCUAAUUGUACAUUAUAAUUUAGUUUAAUUCUCAAACAGAACAGCAAUCAGUUUGAAGGACAAUUCUUGAUUACAUUUCUCCUCAGGUUUUCUGGCAACUAUUGCAUGAUUGUUUCCGAUUACCUGGUGGUAACUGGUAGUCUGGUGACACGUGAUCACUGUUAGUGCCUUAAAAACACCAUUACACUUGAAGCAGAUUCCAACCUCACUUGAAGGACAAUGACAAAUAAUCGUAAAUGCAAGAAAAAUACAUAGCAUCUCACCUUGACAUUCUGCAGUCAUGGGUAAAGAGUGUUCUUUUUUUUUUUUGUUAAAAGGCAAGCUAGAACACUGAACAUGAAGAACAGUGACAAAUAAAAUGAGUAGUCAGACCUCUAAUAAUUCAAAACAAAAUGAUUUUCACUAGGCAGUCCUAAGUGCAUUAGCAUGUAAACAUGUGGUUUCAUGGCAACAUUGAAGCAUAACGGGAAGUUAAAUGUUUUUCUGUAAAUAGAAAUGCUGGGCACAUGGUAGGGUGCGUUGAUGUAAGAGAUACCAGAAUAACAUUUAAAUUUUUUUUUUUUGUUUUUUUGGCUUCAGGCAAAAAAAACAAAAUCAACAACUUUGCACGACCAGUAACACUGAAUAUACAAGUCAAAUUGUUUGUCACUCAAUAAAAGUGAAAAAUCAUGUGUUGUUGGCA